AUGAUCUCUGACGAUGAACUCUACCGCCUCGCCAUCUUCCUUGGCUCAGCCGCAAUGCUUCUAAUCGUCCUUUACCACAUUCUCGAAGUCAACUCUGCAGAAGAGCCCAAAUCAGACAACAAAGUUAGCUCAACUUCCACAUCUCAAGACAGCAAAGCAAACGUGGCAAAUAGAUGA